AUGACGAGACAUAGUAAAAAUAACACAGCAAACCCUAUAUUUACAUAUCAUGAAAGGAAAAAGGUCAAAGAUGCUGGAACUCUUAAAGAGAGAUUAGGAAAAGACUCGAUGCGAAAGUUCGAGCAAUGUUGGAUUUGCUUGAGAACUUCUGAAACUCCUGUUAGUACCCCUUAUGGUCAUAUAUUUUGUAAAAUAUGCAUAGUUAAUAAUUUUUUAGCCCAAAAAAAAGAAUAUUCCAAAAAAAAAAAGGAAUAUGAAAAUUAUAUUAAAGAUAUGGACAGAAAAAAAAAAGAGGAAGCGCUUCAUAUAAGAGAAAAGGAAAAAAUGAAAUUUUUGGAUGACCUUGAAAAUGUUCAUGAAAAUGUUAAGAAAACGGAUGAAAGAAAAACAGGUGUAGAUAUAUCUAGUAACUUUUGGAUAGGUAGUAAUGCAAAAGUAAAGAAGGAUAUCGAUAAAAAAUUAAAACCACCAUCCAAUAAAUUAGUAUGCCCAAUUAGUGGGAAGCCCAUAAAAAUGAAUGAGCUAAUUACUAUUAAUCCUGAGGUUAUUGAUCAAAAUGAUACGAUAAAUGGAAACUGGGUUUGCUCAUUUUCGAAAAAGAACAUAGACCAUAAUAAAGCAGUUCUCAUAAAAAAAACAGGACAAAUAAUUUUAAAAUCUGUUUUUGAACAAUUCAUUUAUGGAAAAAAAAAUUCAUUAGAAAUCGAGGUUGGAGAUGAAGAUUUUAUUAACCUACAACCAGGAGGAACAGCUUUCUGUACCCACAACAAUGUUCAAAACAGCAUGUAUCGAGAAGCUCUUCUCUAG